UUUUAUAUUUCAUCGAAUUUUGAUUCAAUGUUAAAAGUAUUACGAAAAAAUGUUUAAAUUUUGUUUAAUUAGUCUCAAUUUAUCAAAUUUUUAUUAUUAACACAUUAAAUAUCAAAGCCUCUGCGAAAGUCAAUAAAAAAAUUUAGUAUUGCAAAAACAAAACUAAUUAUUGUAGUUAUGUUUAGUGUUAAUGAUUGUGAAUAUAAUAAGGAAAGUUUUCUUGAAGAAAAAAAGGCUGCCAGAGAAGAAAGAGCCUUAGAGAAAAAACGUGAAAAUGCAGCUAUUUGUAUUCAAGCACAAAUUAGGGGAUUUAUUUCUCGACAAAAAUAUAAAAAACGUGUCAAUACUGAUUUAGAUACAGUUCUAUCAGAAUUUAAAAGUAAUGAAGAAUAUCCGAAAUUUACAUUUCCUAUUAAAGUUUAUGAAGCUGCUUCAAGAUACUUGACUCAAUUUGUUCCAUCUGAAAAUGACGAUAGAGAAAGAUUUGAUAAUUUGUGCCGCUAUAUAAAUGCGUCGAUCGAAUAUGAAAAUCCAAAAUAUAAUUACGCUAGUUUGGCGCUAAACAAAGAAUUAAGUUUGUUAUGGAUUAAACAUAUUAAAAAUAUAGCAAAUACCUGUUGCAAAAUAAUUGAAAUAAUUAAGCCUGAAAAUCAUACCGAUAGCAUAUCAUUAGCACUUUAUUUACACACUUUAAUUGUAUUAACAUCACCAAAAACUUGGGGUAUUCUUCAUAAUAAAAAUAUGGAAAAAAUGCUCCCAGCUUAUCAAAAGAUUUGCCAUAAUAUACAAGGCGAUCUAAUUCAAAAAGGUUUUUUUAAAUCAAUGAGGACAAUACUUUUGCGAGGAACUUCCAGGGAAGAAAUAACAUUGAAACCAGUGUCGUUAAAGGCUAUAAUAACAUUAACAACAAGACCACUAAUUGAUGGGAAUUUCAGUCAAAAUUUAUUAUCACAAUUUUUAUCAGAAAUAUUAUCAGUUCCAGCUCUUAUUUGGCAUAUUGAAUCAUAUGCUUUAGAUUGCAUACCAUUGUUUCAAUCCAUAAACUUGUUAGAAAAAAGCUUAAAAAUUACAGAUGACUUAAGUUGGUAUAAAAAUUUUGCAACCGAAGUGCCAGGCACGAAGUCUUUGGCAUUCUUAGGAAAUUUAGUUCAACUUUUCAACGACGAAGAGCAAGAAACUGCUGAACGUAUUGCAUUUCCUACUUUUACGAGCAUUGCAGCAAUUUUAUUAGAAAAAAUUCCUGAUACUGUUGGUACAAAGGGUGUAUUUUCACAAUGGCAUGAUCUACUAGGAUGGUAUACCCCAGUUCCAGGUGCAGCCCAAAAUCAAAAUGUACAAUUAAUAAGACGUCAGUAUCAUUUGUUAUGGGGUCAUAAGUGCAUUAAAAUUUUACUUGGAAAUUGUUUGAAAAAGUUAAGCGAAAAUUAUGAACGAAUUGAAUUUCAACCCCCGCCCCAAAACACCGGAAGCAAUCUGUUUAGAAGAGCUUUAGAAAGAAGUUCAACUAAAGGAAAUUUAAGUAAAAGUGGCAGGCCAUGGAGAAAAUUAGACUCGGUUGAAGUUUUAAGAAUUGCAAAAGUUUGUGCAAUGUAUCACAACGCUUUAAGCACCUUAUCUCUGUUGAAACUGGACAUUUUAUCAGGAAUUUGUUACAACAAUACCGUUCUCUAUGAUCUUUGGUUACUCAUUACAUCACUUGGACAACAUUGUGGAUUAAAAGAAUUUUAUGAAAUGCUUAAGUUAGAUUCGUCUGUAACUCAACCACAAUUGCUGAUGCUGAUGCUUUUUUGUGAAUGUAUGACCCAUUAUGUUACCAUCUUGGAUGAAUAUGAAAUGUAUACCGAACAAAAACCUUUUCUUUUGAAUGAUUAUGUUGCACUGUCAUAUUUUUUGAAUAAUUUUCUUUACAAAAUAAUACAAGAUAAUAUUUUAGGUAUUUUUCCAAAUUUAUGUUUUCUAUUAUUUAAUCUUUUAAUUAUCUUGAUUAACAUAGGUACAAGAACUGUUACAUCAAGCCCAUUAUUCAUAUCACUUCACACAUUGCUUUUGUGUUUAUAUCGACGAGAUUGUCGUAGACAAUUUGCGCCCGCUAAUCAUUGGUUAAUACAUGAAAUUCGGCCUUCAACUUUUCUUAGUGACUUAGAUAAAGGCAAGCGACAUACACAAAUUUUACUACAAAAGAUGCCUCAUAUUAUACCACAUGAUGAUCGCGUUAAGCUGUUUAGAAAAUACGUUCAGAAUGAAAAAGCUGUGUUAGGUUUAACUGAAUCUGCGUGUGCUUCUCCAAGAUCUGCUUUAAUAACUAUUCAUAGGGAUCGAAUCGUUGAAGAUGGGUACAGACAGUUAGCAGCUCUACGAGCUCACGCUUUGAAAGGUGUUAUUAGAGUACGUUUUAUUAACCAACAGGGCCUUCAUGAAGCUGGAAUUGAUCAAGAUGGUGUCUUUAAAGAAUUUCUUGAAGAAACAAUCAAAAGAGUUUUUGAUCCGGCACUUAAUUUAUUUAAAACGACAUCAGAUCAACGUCUUUAUCCUUCACCAAUUUCAUAUGUUCAAGAUAAUCAUUUACAACUAUUUGAUUUUGUUGGCAAAAUGUUAGGAAAAGCUGUUUAUGAAGGAAUUGUUGUUGAUGUUCCUUUCGCUUCAUUUUUUCUAUCUCAACUGCUUGGUCAAACUCAUCAGGCGUUGUAUAGUUGUGUAGACGAAUUGCCAUCAUUAGAUAAUGAAUUAUAUAAGAGUUUAACAUUUAUUAAGCACUAUAAGCAAGAUGUAUCUGAUCUGAAUUUAACAUUUUCAGUAGAUCAAGAUGUUAUGGGUAAAAUAGUAACACAUGAAUUACAUCCUGGAGGAAAAGCACGAGUUGUUACAGAUACAAAUAAGAUAAAUUACAUUCAUUAUAUGGCAUAUUUUCAUAUGCAUACACAAAUUCGAGAACAAACGGCUGCUUUUAAUCGCGGAUUUCGAAGUAUUGUAAAUCCAGAAUGGCUAUCUCUUUUUUCUGCUCCUGAACUGCAACGUCUUAUAUCAGGCGAUACAGUUCCUCUAGAUUUGAGAGACUUACGAAAACAUACUCAAUAUUAUGGAGGUUUUCAUGAUUCUCAUCGUGUUAUAGGUUGGCUUUGGGAUGUAUUGGCAAGAGAUUUUACUGAAGAAGAAAGAAAACUUUUCUUGAAGUUUGUAACAAGUUGCUCGAAGCCGCCCCUACUCGGUUUUGCACAUUUAGAGCCUCCAUUCUCUAUACGUUGUGUUGAAGUAGGUGACGAUGAGGAUACUGGUGAUACAAUUGGAAGUGUUAUAAGGGGCUUUUUCACAAUUAGAAAAAAAGACCCAUUAAAUCGAUUACCAACUUCAUCAACAUGUUUUAAUUUAUUAAAAUUACCUAAUUAUCAAAAGAAAACUACUCUUAGAGAUAAAUUACGUUAUGCUGUAUGCAGUAAUACAGGAUUUGAAUUGUCUUAAAUAAUAUAUACAUAUAUGUUUAUAGACGAAUUCUUUUCUUCACUAGCUAUAUUAAAAUAUAAAUAUGAUAAGCAAGAAAAAUAUCCAAAGACGUGAAAAGUAAGAUAUACACAAAAAAAUUUUAGAAAUUUAGUUUAUUAGACUCAAAUUUUGUAUAGAAAUUCUAAAGAAAAAUUAAUAAAUUAAUGUUUAAGUAAUUGUCAAAAUUAAAACAAAAUGACCAAAAGGAUAAAUCAAUCAAUUUCAAAAUUUUCCACGGAAAAUAUAAAAAUGUUUGACAAGAAAGUGUCCUCUACAAUAUUUAAAAAUUUAAUUUCUUUUAACGAUAGAUAUAGCUGACUGGUUCAGUUUAAUAUUAGAAAAACAUAACAAAAACACAUUAUUGGGUUUUCCUAUUCUUAUCUUUUUUUUUUUUGUAAAAUUUAUAAAAAUAUCUCAAUGAAAAAUAUAAUAAAAAUUAAUAAUACUAGGAUAAAAACUUAGACUGUAAGAAAAAAAAUUUAUAAAGACACAAUCUAAAUAAUUAUAUAUAUACAAAUUAAUAUUGAUACUGAAAUGUUACGUACAUAUUAUAAAAUUAAGGAAAUCAUAAUCUGUAACACAAAAAAAUUAUU